CAUCUCUGCCAGGACUGCGCUGACGGGUACUACCGCCACACACCAGCCAAUCAGAGUCAGUCUGUGUGCACAGCCUGCUAUCGUUCCUGCAAGAGGUGCUCGGGCCCGGAGGACUUCAAGUGCCUGGAGUGCAAGGCGGGCUGGAGUUUCCACGACAACAAGUGUGUGGAUAUCGAUGAGUGUGGCACAGAAAUGGGCCGCUGUCCCUCCAACACCUACUGCUUCAACACUGACGGCUCGUAUGACUGCAGAGGCUGCGACAAGGCGUGUGUGGGCUGCAUGGGCGGCGGGCCGGGCCGCUGCAAGAAGUGUGCCAGGGGGUACCGGCUGGCUGGGGCCAAGUGCCUGGACGUGGACGAGUGCGAGGAGCGGGGUGUGGUGGCGUGCCCUGGCCUUAACGAGGCGUGCGUUAACGAGGAGGGGUCCUUCCGCUGUGUGUGCGCCGACGGCUUCGUGCGCAAGGACACCAUCUGUGUGGAGAGCCUGCCCCCCUCGAGCUCGGACAAGGGGCUGUUUGAGGAGAUGACCGAUGACGAGGUGCUGGUGCUGCAGCAGAUGUUUUUUGGGGUGGUCAUCUGCGCUCUGGCCACGCUGGCCGCCAAGGGGGACAUGGUCUUCACCGCCAUCUUCAUCGGGGGCGUGGCCGCCAUGGCGGGCUACUGGCUCAGCGAGAAGGGGGACCGCCUGCUGGACGGGUUCCUGAAGGGGCGCUAGAGAGCAGGGUGGGCAGGAGGGGGUGGGGUUCAGGUCCUGUGCAGGUUUAAGGGUUCAGGAGGGGACAGGUCAGUCUCGGAGGGGGGAGGGGUGUGAAGUGGGGAAUUACAGAUUUUGGGGUGGGGUGGGGGCUGUGCAGUAGAGCCAGUCAGCACUGAUUCCGAACGAGUACAUUUCAGGUCAUUGACGUCUCUAAGCGUGUCGCAGUCAGGAGUUAGAGCGCCACCUCCUGGUGGCCACACAGCGUGACGUGAGGGGCGGCGGUUUGGUCACGGUGUGUAUAGCGCCUUUCCCCCACGCUCCUGCCGCUCGGGGCAGGGACGGUGAAGACGCAGCGCCCCGCGGCUCUGGUUCCAGGAGGAAGGCGGCGGUCCCGUUCUCGGAGCAGCGGUCUGGGACCCAGCGGGGGGGGCGGUGCUGCACGAGGACCCCCGCGGGCUCAGGGCAGGGAGGCAGGGAGGAGCCUGGAGCCUGCACUCACACUGCGGGGGACUGGAGCUGCUUGUUUAAUGAAAGAAUUGUGAAUGUGCUAAAUAAAUGUGUUACUUCAAGUAACUACACUACA